AUGCAAGACGACUUUCGUCUAGUUCUAUCAACUUACUAUCCAAUUCACUUCUCGAUCACUAUCAUUUUACAAGUUUACCUGCUGUUCCUUCUGAUAAGACAUACACCUGUGCAAAUGCGAGGGUUACGGAUUUUCCUAUUGAAAACUUCCUUAGUGGAAGUUACUGUGGCUAUUUUGAUCUUCCUGACUCAGUCGAGGUGAGAAUUGAGCUUUCUUAGAGGCGGCUAUAAUUAUUGCACAAUUUUUAUUCCACUAUAGGAGUUUUUUCAGCCCAUGGUUUGAAUUUUGGUUAAAAUGGCUGAGAUAUACUUUAGAGUCUCUAAAUUCGAGUAAAAGAAAAAAUUUAGUUCUAUAGUCAUAUUAUGACGCUUCGAAUUAUAAAAAUUAUGAAAAAGUCGUUAUUCGAAGAUUUUGAAGCGUCAUAACUCGACUAAAAAAAGCAAAAAAAUUGAUAAUGUUUUUUUUUUUUUUAAAGAAGGUCCGAAAAACACGCACCAGCCUAUUUUUUAUCAAAGUAAGUCCAAUUGGGGGCUCUAUUUUUUGAUAAGACUAUCCGGUUGGACAAAAAUAAGAGGAGAAUCCGAAAUCCUCUUAAUAAAAAAGUCCCAGUCAUCAAAAAAUUCGUGACGUGCACACCUCUAUUUGAAAAAAAAGUACUCACAAGUCUCAGAAAAAUUAUUAAAUAUUUAAGUUCACCUUUUCAGAUUAAUCGUGAGCAAUAACUCGGUUGCAAUACUCUGCUACGGUCCCAUCAAAUCUUUCGAUUCUGUGACAUGCCACUAUUCCUACUGUUUCCUGCAGGUUUUUCUAACAAAGAUCUCGGAUAAAGAUGUCCAAAAAAUAAAAAUCAAGAUAGUCCGCUUAUACAGAUAUUUAUUUAGCCUUCUAAAGUGAUCACUAAAGGCUCGAAACCCUAAAGAAGACUCUAGAAAAUUUAGCAGUGCUACAAGUAUCUCUAUUCUUCAAUUGGACCUCCCAAAAGGACCAAAAAGCUCAGAGCACUAUAGUUGCCCCUAGAAUCACUAGAAGGGUAAAGGCUCCAUUCUGAUACCUAAAGUGGUCUCUAAUUAGCCGUUUUAACACGUUUCUGUAAUUCUCAAAAUCAGUGAUCAAAAAAAAUUUUAUUUUUUGAUUUCGUUGAAACUUCAUUCAGUGUGAUAACCCUUCAUCAUAAAUGCGGACGCAACUUUGAAAGCCAUUCCCUCUUACUGUAGCCGGGUUACGGUAGGUGAAAUUCCCUUAAAAUGGAUCUUAGGAAGCCUGAAACCUUAAAAAGUGGUCACUAGGACUCUGCUCUAUCUUUCUUUUUGAACAUAGAACUCUCAAGAAUUGCUGAAAACGCUCUGGGAAAUCAACUUUAACACUCUCAAAGCUAAUUUCCAUAACUUUCUUCAGUUUUUCGCCUUGGCCAACGCCUUAUCCAUCGCCGACACAAUUUAUUACAAGUAUCACAAUGUCUUUCGUCUGAGCGAGAAAUACGCAGUUAAACGACUCCUCGUUCAAUUUUUCAUCAGUUCGACUCCAGCUCUUGCAAUUGUGGUAAAAAAUUUAUAUAGUCUAUUCACCGCGACUUGAAAUUGUCUAACUGCCUGCGUUCUCUCAUCGUUAGUAAGAUCGAGAGGCAACAGACAGUUAGAAAUUUUUUGAAAGCGGUUAGACGCCUCAGAAGCCCUUUUUUUCUCAAGCUAGCGGUGAAUGGACUGUGUCUCAAAAGUAUUUUUUUCAGACCUUAUCUCUAACCGCCCAGAAGGACGCUUCAAAAAUAGCGCUCGACAUAAAAACGAGCCAUUCUGAGUACGAGGUUCCAGAAAACGUGCCUAUCGCUGGAUUUUCGAAUAUGUCAGAUCCUCACGAGAUUCUGGCUGUAGUUAUUAUCGCCCUGGUGGCCUAUGGAGUUCCAGUUUUCUGUCUUCUUAGCAAAAAGUUGGUUUUUUUUUUUUGAAAACAGGCUAACUUUUUUUGAAUCAAGUUUUUUCGAUCCGAAAAAGUUUUUAAGAGAGCUUUUUUUGCUGAAAAGUUUUUCGAAGCGAAAAGGAUACUGUUUCUUUAUAAUAGGGUAAAAUAUCAGAGCUUUUUUCAUCUGGAUAAAUAUCCAUUGAACGUGUUUCGAAGCGAAAAGGAUACUGUAGCUGUGGGCGUGACUUAUUGUUAAUUGACCAUGGUCAAAUUUCAGUACGAUUAAGCUGACAACUUUAAAAAUAUCUCAAAUUCAUUGCAAAUUUCGAGUUAUUUUUUCAGAAGCAUUACUUCAAGAGAAAUAUUGAAGUUUUUCGAGAAAACUGAAAAUUUCGUCAAUCAAAAAAAGGUAAUUUCAAAUUCCAGUAAAAUCGUGGAAAAACUGCGCCGAAACAGGGAAGCUUUGUCAGAACAUACAACUCGAUUGAUUCGAACCUUUGCGACGGUAAAUCGAAUAGUACAAAAUCCUUAAAAAAUGAAAAAAUUCAGGGUCUCACAUUUCAAUCCUUGGUUCCGGUGGUUUGCUACGUUCCAGUUAUCACCGGUUUACUUUUGGAGUUUUCAGGUCAGAAUUAUCAAAAACCCCAAAAACUACAACUGAUGAUUUGAAUUUAAAGAAAACCGGUUUUUUCAACUUAAAAAAAUCUUUUUCAAAACCGGUCAAAAAAAUUUAAUAAACUCCUUUUUAGCUAAAUUUUUUUGGAAAGAUAUAAUAAAAUUUAGAAUCUUCUGAAGACUACUAAGUAUUUUUUUAAUUAACGAGUCAAAGUUUCCAAAAUCACGGAAGAAUAAAUUUUCCCUCUUAACUCAAAUUCUCGACAGUAGUAAAACUUUCAUCAGUUAUCCCUAGAGGGGAGAGCCCUAUAAAAGCCCCUAGGCUUCUUUAGACCCCUAAAACAGCUCCUAGACUUUUUCAGAACCUUAAAACAGCCCCUAUACUUUUUUAGAAUCCCUAUAACAGCCCAUAUGUUUUUCAGAACCUUACAAAAAGCCUCUGGACCUUUUGGAGCAUUAUGAAGGCCCCUAG